GAGUUUAUCACUUGCAGUUUCCAUGUAAUAUGUCAGCUGUUCGUGUUGGUUUUAUAAAUAAAGAUGGUUGUGGGUGCUUUUCCGAUAGCAAAGUUAGGUGCUUUGUUGUUGAGACAAGUAAGCAAGCCCAUAGCAAAUAUGCUCAUCAAAAGGGCAAAAAAUUAUCCGUUUUUUAGGCAAUAUAUAUGUAUGCCACCCGCUCAGUUUUACAAUUGGUGUGAGGUGAAGUCAAAAAUGUGGAUUUUGAAUCUUGGAAAACCAGUUAAUGUUCCAUCUUUGAAUGAGACAAUGGCAAUAGAACUAGGAGCCAAUCUCAUCGGUGAAGGCCUCAUAUUUGUGAUUGCAGCAGGUAUUGUGUUCUCGGAAUACACCCGGCAGGUACGGAGGGAUCGCUUAAAGGAAGAAUCAAGACACGAUGAAAUAGAGAGGCUGAAUACGAUACUCGAAGACCUGUACUUUCAUAGCGAGAAGCAAGACGCACAAAUACGAGAACUAAUGAGGACCGUGCACGACCUUCAGGGUCGAGUUAUUCAUAAACCGUGGCUAGGUCGGAAGGAUUUACCACCCCCCACACCCCCUCCACCUCAUUCUCACUCAUCCCAUCCUCCGCUACUUCAAGUGCCAGAAUUGGAUAAUGAUGAUAAACGUAAACAGAAAAGCCCUGAACAUAAUGGCAAACCAGUUGACUGUAGUAACAAUGGAGUCAUUUUGCAGGCUUUAGAUUAUUUUGAAUAUGAGGUAAGAGGAAGAGAGUACCACAUAUUUGAAUCAUAACUGUAGGAACCCAAUGAACAAUCAGUGUGAAGUACUUAGUAAAAGACAGACAUUAUCUCAGGCCAACGAGAAACAUCAAAUGGAAUCUUUAAUCCCGUCUGAUAUCAGUAUAGGUUUUCACGACGUUUUUGAUUACUGAAUAGAUACUUUGCUGUCCAGAGUUGAGAUUUAAGCAUGGACGGCAAACAUGAUGAGAUGUCUGAAAUGUAUGUAUAUUGUAAAGUUUUUUUUGUAGGAUUUUAAUUACUUUAUUGGUAUGAAAAACUUGUAUUUAAUUUUGUAAACCAAACUGUGAAUAUGACAUGUAUUGUUAAUGUGCAAUUUAAAAAUAUUUUUUAUUUUACAGCUGAAGUAUAUGCAUAGCAGGCUCAGAAGUUUUGAAUACUAUUUUAAUAGCUUCUGUGUUGUUCAUGUACUAUAGAUUGUAAUAAUAUUAAACAUCUGUGAUGACAUUGAUUCAUAUAGGGAUGUGAAAAACAUGAAUCGUUGUUCAGCCACCAUUUCAUGCACAUAUAGUUUGACUUCCUUCAAACAUUUCGAUAGGAUGGCCAGAUAUUGAGUGAAGUGUUUAAUAUUUUAUUUCUGAAUCUCUCUGGUACCAUAGACCCAUUUUCCCCAAUCAUCUCAUACACUCUGAAUAAAAUGUAGACUAAUGAAAAUACAGAUAAAAGGUGAAUUUUUUUGUCAUGUUUCUUACUCCAAUAUGGAAGAGAAAAAUGUAAUAAAAAGCUUAAAACUUAA